CAUAGGCGCGUCGAGUGCGUAGUGGAGCUGUUAGUAAAUUGAAUGAGUCCUGUAUCAGAUUAACAAUACAUUCUAUUAUAUACUGCAUGCGUUGGAGAUACGGGUUAUUUUCGAAAAUUGUCAGGUUUUAAUUUGGGCAUGCGCAAUGGCGGGGCUUCCAAACUGAAUGAUGAAGGUCACCUUGAGUUUCGAGACGCGAGCCGGCCGGCACGGACGGGGCUCCCAGACCGCCGCCAACACAACACGCUACGUGACUUUUUCCACGAACCACAACAAAUCUGCCGACCAGUAAGAUGGGUACGAUCGACAAGCUGUUCACGACGGUGCAGCCGAAGAGCGACGACACCGGCAACAAGGUGACGGUGGUGGGCGUGGGCCAGGUCGGCAUGGCUGCCGUCUUCUCCAUGCUUACGCAGGGCGUGACCAACAAUGUUGCGCUCGUGGACGUCAUGGAAGACAAACUGAAGGGGGAGAUGAUGGACUUGCAGCACGGCUCCGCCUUCAUGAGGAACGCCAAGAUACAAGCCAGCAAGGAUUAUUCGAUAUCGGCGGGAUCGAAGAUCUGCAUCGUGACGGCGGGCGUGCGGCAGCGCGAGGGAGAGACACGCCUCGACCUGGUGCAGCGCAACACCGAUGUACUCAAACACAUCAUUCCUCCGCUAGUGAAGUACAGCCCGGACGCGGUUUUCCUGAUCGCCAGUAACCCCGUGGACAUACUGACAUACGUGACUUGGAAGCUGAGCGGGCUGCCCAAGCACCGCGUCAUCGGUUCCGGCACCAACCUGGACUCGGCGCGCUUCCGCUACCUGCUCUCCGAGAAACUCGGCGUCGCCACUACCUCCUGCCACGGGUACAUCAUCGGCGAACACGGGGAUUCUAGCGUUCCGGUAUGGUCCGGCGUGAACAUCGCCGGCGUCCGGCUCAGCGACCUGAACCCGAAGAUUGGCACCGACGCCGACCCCGAGCACUGGAAGGACACGCACGGCGCGGUGGUGAAGAGUGCCUACGAGGUCAUCAAGCUGAAGGGCUACACGUCGUGGGCCAUCGGCCUGUCGCUCUCACAGCUGGCGCGCGCUAUCCUCACCAACGCCAUGAGCAUCCACGCCGUCUCUACUUACAUCAAGGGCGAGCACGGCGUGGAGGACGAGGUGUUCCUGUCGCUGCCGUGCGUGCUGGGCAGCGGCGGCGUGUGCGACGUGGUCCGCCAGCCGCUCACCGACGAGGAGGCGGCCGAGCUGCGCAAGUCCGCCGCGCUCAUGGGCAAAGUGCAGGCCGGCAUCAACUUCUAAACUUGCAGCCAACAACCGUCUGUGCGCAGAAACGCACGUUAUAAACUAGAUCAAUGCCCUACCUACUACUUUUUACGUAUUCUUACUUGUCUUAGUAAUGCAUUAUGAGUGUAUAUCUAGUUAGAUUUUAUUGCACUGCUAGCUGAGAUGCUUAGGUUCUAGAUAGAUUAGUAGGAGCAAAACACCUGCCUAAUACUAACGCAUUUCCUUAGGCAUAAUGCUGCACGCGAAAUAAAUGUGUAGUUAUAUAGAAUAUAAUAAACAUAAUGUGGCAGCAUAACAAGUUUUCUACCGAUAUAUUUUAUGGACCACUCUUAUAAGGGGGCAGGGAGUCUAAAAAUCGAAACCAAAGAUAUUUUCAAACUUAUUAGGUUUUCUAAUUAAUUACAUACCUAUUGGAUUUUUUUUUUGGUACAUUCAGUAUUAAAUACCAGGCGCAGGUAGUUGAGGUGGAUGGAUCCUUGAGCCCAUUAGGAACAAAUGUUACAAAAUGAAAGUCCCACCCGGGAAAUGGGGACAACUAGGAAGGAAACAUUCUUAGCCAGUUGUUAUCGCGGGGACAACUAACUGCCGUAACUAAUGUAGUAAUGUGUUAUUGACAGCAUUAGAAAUCUUAAAGGGCGAUGAGAGUGAUGACGUUAAAUUACCAUAGGUAUAUAUAUAUGGAACUUUUUAAUUUGAUCAGUAUUAUAAAAUAGUGGCAUAAUUAGUAGGUAUUCUAUUCAACAUGUCAGAUUACUAAGAUACAAAUUGCUGCUAGGGUAGAGCUUCUAUUGUCGCGUCAUUGUUGGACAUUUGUAUUUUAUUUCUCUGACCGCCACAGUCGGCCAACAAAGGUAAGUAGGUAUAAAAUGAACCUUAACACAUUAUAAUAAAGUUAACUAUUGUGUGUAAUACAAGAUAUUAGUCAUAGCCGUCAAGAUGAAAUAUUUUUACAUCCGUACAUAAUAAUAAUUUAAUAAAUAAUAAUAAAAUGCUUUAUUGCACACUACAAAAAAAAAAGGUUCAAAGUAUGUAAAGGUAUAAAUAUGUAGGUAACAACAGGCGGACUUAUCGCUAAACAGCGAUCUCUUCCAGACAACCUAAUAAUAAUAAUAAUAAUGUUUAUACUUAGAAUUUUUCAUUGGCAAGGCUUGAUAACUUGCAGCCCGAUUUAUAAAUUGAUAAUGAUUUGGCUCUCUAAAUUAGUUGGUUAUUCCAACUAGUUACUGCCAAGUUGUUACUAGUGGUAACUACUGGGUUUUUUCCCACCUUUUACCAGUGGUCCAGGGUUCAUAGAUAACGUCACAUUUCAUUCAAUUUAUAAUUAUUAAAGUAGUUUCUAGUAGUUAUCAGUGGUAAAAGGGUGAAAAAAAAUCCCCGUAGUUACCACUAGUAACAACUUGGUGGUAACUAGUGAGAAUAACCCUAUUAUUAGUCCUGAUGUAAGAACAAGUGAAGAAAAUAUGAAAUAUUACCUAUAGUCAAUAUGUUACCCAUAAUAAAUCGAUCGUCACAAUGCUUACGCUGUAAGUAAACAGAAAUCGGUAUUUUGGUAUGAAACAGUUAUAAUACCUAAUCCUUUGAAUUACAAUAAUUUACAUAAUAAGUACCUAUAUGUGACGUUUCACGGAUAAAGGUGCCUUAUGGCGGUUGGCGCUUACUUCGCGUAGCACCACAUUAGUAUUGGAGCGUCGUUAAUAAUAGCGUUAGCGCCAACCCCCGUGCAAAGGCACCCGUGGAACGUCACAUACUUAUAUUUUUCACAAGACUGCAUUUACGAUAAGCAGGGCACAGGGCAAUAGGUACAUGAAUUCUUUCAUCUGAUAUUUAUCAUAGAUCCUCUUCUUGUGUAACGAUGUAUUUAUAGUAAAUUUUUGCCACAAGUUGAUGUCCAGUUUAAUUAAAACUAGCUGCUAAUGCUAACUAAUACGAUUAGCUUGAUCUAUUAUUUUACUAUCAGUAUUUUUGUACGUUUUUAUAAAAUCGUGGUAAGUUUGGGAAGAGACGUUUUCCAUAUAGAUUUUAGUACAUUGACCCGCCUGUUGCUAUCUCUAUUGCACGCGCAUAAUUAUAUUGCUGUCAAACUCGCACAGUGACAGUGACCACCACCAGUGAUCAUUGGCGGGGCAGAUAUAGAGAUAGCAACGGGCGAGUCAACGUACCAAAAUCUAUCUGAAAAGCGUCUCUGUUUUUAGUCAAAAUGUAUAAAAACUACAUGACUUGCCAACUAACAAGAUAAGUGUGAAAAAUGUGUAUCCUUAUGUGCGGCCAUUGUUAUUCACUUUUAGGCCUUCAUCGCAGUAUUUAUAUCAUUAAGCUUGUAUUAUAAUUUUAAGUUCAGAGUUUGUCCAUGGCAUUUUAAUAAAUGUAAAUCUUAA